AAAUCCAACCAAAUAACAAGGCAACAAAUGAAGUUGGCCGUGGUCUCCGUUGCCGCCCUACUCGUGAUCCUUGUGGCCUGGCCGGUAUCGGCGGACAGGAAAGACUUACCGGGAGCGGGAGGAUACGGAGGCGACGACGAGGAAGAUGACACCAAGUCAUGGUUUCCUUUGGACAAUCAGCUAUCGUUGGGUUAUUAUGAUAAGAUUUGUCCAAAAUUUGAGAAAAUCGUAGACACAAAAGUGAGGGAAUGGACAAAGACUGAUCCUUCCCUUGGUCCAGCUCUCCUCCGUCUUGUCUUCCACGAUUGCGGCGUCACGGGAUGUGAUGCUUCGGUUCUUCUAGACCACGAAGGAUCAGAGAGAAGAGCUCCAGCAAGCAAAACCCUAAGAGGAUUCGAGCUAAUCGACGAUAUCAAGUCCGAGAUCGAGAAAUCCUGCCCCGGUUUAGUCUCCUGUGCCGACAUCCUAACCGCAGCUAGCCGCAGCGCCACCUACCAACUAGGUGGUCCUUACUGGCCCAACGCUUAUGGACGUCGUGACUCCACCAACUCUUACGCUAGAGACGUCGAGAAAGUCCCUUCAGGCCGCCGUGACAUCACUGCCCUUCUCGAGACGUUUCAAUCUUACGGACUCAACAUUCUCGACCUUGUUGUCCUUUCUGGAGCCCACACCAUCGGAAAAGCCUACUGUGGAACCAUCCAGUCGAGGCUUUACAACUUCAACGCGACCCAUGGAACUGAUCCAUCGAUUGACACCAAAUACGCAGAUUUCUUGCGUCGCAAGUGUCGUUGGGCAUCAGAGACAGUUUACCUAGACGCCAUGACUCCGGUGGUAUUCGAUAAUCAGUAUUACAUUAAUCUUCAGAAGAAUAUGGGAGUUUUGACGACCGAUGCGGAGCUUGUGAAGGACCCGAGGACCGCUCCACUUGUAAAGGCAUUUGCGGAGCAGCCGCCUCAGAUGUUCAGACACCAGUUUGGUGUCUCGAUGGCCAAGCUGGUCAAUGUUGGUGUCAUCACUGGUGAAGAUCGUAUUGGAGAGAUCAGGACGGUUUGCAGCAAAUCUAACUCUAAACAUUACUGAUUUUUUUAAUAAAAUCGGUGCUGAGUUUAUAAGAGAAUAUUUCUUGACAAAUAAUUUAUUGUUCUGUUUCAAUUUUAAUUUUGUAAUACGUUGUAUGAACAACAGAAAUAUGUGAAGCUUGAUUAAUACCGAG